AUGGGCCUCCCGUCGGUGAUGGUGUUGCCCCUGCUGAUAGUCUUUGCGGCAGGAGUGUACUACAUCUACAACAAAGUCAUGCAGCUCAUGUCCAAGACCUUGGUGUGCAACAAAGUGGUGGUGAUCACUGAUGCUGUGUCAGGCGUGGGGACGGAAUGUGCCCAUCUCUUCCAUAAGGCCGGAGCCAGACUCAUCCUGUGUGGAACCACCUGGGAUAAGCUGGAAUCCCUGUAUGACUCUUUGAUUACAGACUCUGACCCAAAAGAGACAUUCGCCCCUAAGCUGGUGAUCCUGGAUUUCAGUGACAUGGACAGCAUGGAGGAUGUGGUGGCUGAGGUCAUGGAGUGCUACGGCUACGUGGACGUGCUGAUCUGCAACAGCAGCAUGAAGCUGAAGGCCCCCGUUCAGAGCGUCUCUCUGGAGCUGGACAGAAACAUCAUGGACAUCAACUACUUUGGCCCGAGCACCCUCGCCAAAGGUGUUCUCCCGGCAAUGAUGUCGAGAAGAUCAGGACACGUCAUACUGGUCAACAGCAUCCAGGGCAGACUGGCGGUCCCAUUCAGAAGCUCGUAUGCUGCCUCCAAACACGCGGCGCAGGCCUUCUUCGACUGCCUCAGGGCCGAGGUGGAGGAGUACGGGAUUGUCGUCAGCACCAUCAGCCACACCUUCAUCAACGCCCGCCAGCCGCCAUCCGCCGCGGAGCCAGCUCCGAAGCAGAACAUCCUGGCUCAGUACAUCAUCAGCCAGCUCAACCACGGCGUGCGGCCCUCGGUCCUGGCCAAUGAGAUUCUGCAGACGGUGAACAGGAAGAGGAAGGAGGUGCUGCUGGCCCACCCCAUCCCCAGGGUGGCCCUCUACCUCCGCUCCCUCUUUCCUCCCUUUCUCUUCGCCGUGCUGGCGGCCGGAGUGAAGGACUCUGUGUUGGCCGAGCAGAUCCAGUAGAAGAAGAGAGAGGAGCGUACGGGAGAUCAACCGAAGGAUUGUUUGGGGAUGUCAGACUUGAAGGUGGUUGCGCUGAAGGUUUCAUGCUGUUUUCUCUUGCUGCCUGAAAAACUACUGAGUGAAAAACAGCUUGAUUUGGAUGGAUUUUAGAUUAUCUUGCAGAUCAAAUGUUGAACGAUCCAACCCGCGGGUUUGACACGGCACAGCAGGUUAUUUAAUAAAUUAAAGAAUGGGUUAUAGAGACACACAUGUCAUUUUAAGGCAACCAAGAAUGGUUUGAAUAAACUUUAUUGACAGGUCUCUCUUCUUAACAGGUGUCCCUUGUAAAUCAGAAUCCCUGUUUAACCCGGCCACCUGUAUAAACAAGGGUUUCAUAACAAUAAAAACAUUACAGAGUAAUCAAUAUUGGAGUUCAACUGAACAAUUUUUCAUUUAAUUCUGCAAAAACAAUCAGACGUGAAAAGAUGAAGACUUUAUAAUGUUAUAUGUUAUAUGCUAUAAACAGCUUUAUAAUGUCUCAAAGGAUUUUUAGAAACUUUCUAGAACUUACCAGACACUUUCCCCCGAAACCUUAGUUAAACUUAUCAGGUAUUUCUACUUUCAUGAAACAUAUUGGUUACUUUCUCAGAACUAUGAGCUGACUUUUAUAAGGAUUGCGUUUUUUCUUGUACUUACUAAGCACUUUCUGGGGCUUAACACUUUUCCGGAAGUUACUAGAUACUGUUCCCGGGGUUCCCAGGUAACAUCCAGAGUACAUGGGAAGCUCCAGGAAAGUUCUGGAGGGUCUCUGCUGAGUAGCUGUUAAUUUCUUAGAAAGUUUCAUGAAAGUACCUGGUAAAGAUAAAAACUGUUUUGUAAUGUACCUGGCAAGUUAAAGAAACUACCAAGUUCCAAAGAAGUUCCAAAGGUAGUACCUGAUAAGUUCCAGGACAAUUUAGUAAAGUAACAUGUUAAUUCUGAGAGAGUACAGGACAUGUCAUAUAUUCUAAUCAAAGAUCUUACUACAAAGUGUGAGUGUUGAACAUAAUCAAGUAAAUGUUUGACCCAUACACUCUCCAAAGCAAUGCAAUAUAUUUGACUUCACUGUAAUCAUUUUAAAAUAUAAAAAAUCUCGCCUUCUCUUGAAUAUAUGUUAAACGGCUAAAGUUUGUUUCUGAAAUGGAGAAGCACCUGUCUGAUGUUAGAUCAACAUGUAAAAUGGACAACUGGACAUUUUUUAAUUUAUGAUUGUAAAGACAUUUAACUUAAAUAUAAAUUAAUGGUUGAUAUA